AUGAGCUCCCCGAAAUCAUCAUCAUCAGAGUCCUCGUCUCCUCCGACGUCGUUUUCGUCGUUACCGUUCGACGUAGCUCUGAAUUGUUGGGCUCGUGUCUCGAGAAUCCAUUAUCCAACUCUAUUCUUAGUCUCCAAGAAUUUAAGAUCUCUCAUCGCUUCGCCUGAGCUCGAGGCCACACGACUCCGCAUUGGAAUAACAGAAGAUUUCGUUUGCUUAGACCUCAAUAAGAAAAACCCUAACCCUAGCUGGUUCAUACUUUCCUCAACUCCAAAACAACAGAAGUUACUACCCAUCCCUUCGUUUCCUUAUCAACAUCCCAAAUACUCGACCAUUCUUUUAGUCGAUUCAUUGAUUUACAUUAUCGGAGGCAUCGUGAAUAGACAAAGGAGCAAUAGAGUGUUGAUACUCAAUUCUCUAUCUCACCAAUGGAGUAGUCUCCCAAACAUUGCGCCUACCUCGAGUUUCUCCAGCCGCUGAGCUCUUCGUCCAAAAAUAUCGGGGAUUGGGGAGAGGUUUAUGAUCCAAAGACACAUACUUGGGAGCCAAUAUUGCCUACAACACUAGAUCUCACAGCUCAAAAGAGUGUGGUUCAAGAUAGAUUAGUAAUGGGUGGAAAGGUUUAUGCCAUGGAUGGUUUGAAGAUUGAGCUAAAGACGAAUAUUUGUUUGGUAGAGAAAUGUUUGCGUCUAGUGUCGUAUUCCAAUCAUAGUCUUUAUUGGAAUGAUCCAACGGAAGAUUGUGUGUGGAG